GCUGCUGCACACAGUCCAUCUCUGCUGUGAGGAUGUUGCAGUGAUAGACGGCACAGCAUCCUCUCCACUGUAUCGCACUCCGCCGGCAUCGUCAGCUGUUGCUCUAGCAGAGAGUGGAAGUGUUGGGAGCAACAGAAAAGGCCAAACUAUGCGACUGAUUUCAAAACGGUAAUCGUUUACCACAAGUCAACCGGGAGCGGAUGCGAGCAGAGGUUGUCAACGAGCCUCUGAGUAUUUUCUGCCCUUUGUCGGUGCCGGAGGAGCUGUGCCAAUGGAGAAAGCUACUCCACCGCCCCAGCCCCAGCUCCAGCUGUCGAUAGCGAAGACUGAAAGUCCGGCGGAGGACAUCUCUGGUCUGACGGACGAGGAACUGCUCAAGUGGACCAAGGAGGAUCUGGUGCGCCGGCUGAGGCGGUCUGAGGCCGACAAGAUGAGCGUGAUUCUGGACCACGGGAAUCUCAUCCGGGAGGUCAAUCGAAGCCUCCAAUUGCACUUGAACGAGAUCAGGGGGCUGAAGGACAUCAACCAGAAGCUGCAGGAGGACAACCGUGAGCUGCGGGACUUGUGCUGCUUCCUGGAUGACGACCGCCAGAAAGGCAAGCGUGUAUCCAGGGAGUGGCAGCGUCUGGGCCGUUACAGCGCCAGCAUCAUGCGCAAAGAGGUGACCCUCUAUCUCCAGAAACUCAAGGAGCUGGAGCUUCGACAGGAGGAGGUAAUACGCGAGAACCUGGAGCUGAAGGAGCUCUGUCUCCUCCUGGAUGAGGAGAAAGGGGUGGUAGUUGGAGGGGUUGGCGGCGGAGGAGGCGGAGGCGGAGGGAGUGUGGGAAUGGGGGGGUGCCGCAACUCCAUAGACAGCCAAAAUAGUUUGCUGCUGGUUCCUGGGCAGGGGCUCCUGAUGCGAGACGUGGGGGACGGGAGCAGCACCUCCAGCGCUGGGAGCGCUGACAGCUCCGAUCACCUUCACCAUAAGCAGCCUCAUCUGGCUGCAGGACUAGCUGGAAUUGGAAGUGCUGGGGAAAAAAGGAGCCCUGAGCUGGUGCAUAAACCCAGAUGUAGCAGCAUCAGUGGAAUGGGAGGAGGAGACAGGGAGGUAUCCAGCCCUGAGCACCCAGCUGGGCGCCACCGGAGUACAAGUCUGGAGUACCCAUACACCUUGCCCCAGCUCUGCCGACCCCGCUGCGGCUCCAUAUCCGUGCCUGACCACAGUCGAGUCAUGCGUGGUCUAAGCCCAGAAAAAUAUGGGAGGAAUGUGGGCCGACGCAGUCCAGAGCAGCAUCCUAAGCACCACAGCUCUGAUCUCCUCCUGGGACAGAGGCAGCACUUCCUGGGUCAGGGAGGCAGUGGGGAGCUCUAUCAGAGGCACCACAGGAGCAGCAUUAGCAGUACUGGGAGCCCUGAGCCCCGACAGGCACAUUUAGGGACCAGUGAGCAUCAUGAAAAGGGCUGUGUUGUCCAGGGGGGCAGCCCUGAAACUCAUAGGCACCAGUACAGUAUGAGCCCUGACAAUGUGAAGUUCGGCAGCCCUGUGAGAGACGGCCAGAGGAGGCCGGCCGGAGACGAGCUGUCACCACAUCAUCGGAGCAUCUACAAUGGCAUGAAUGCUUUGAUAUCAGCCGGCUGCUGCACCAACAACUGUAGAAAUGUCAAGAUAUGGGACAGUUUUGAUGCCUCCUCUUGACCCUAACUUGGCCAGCCAGGCUCCUCAAAGGGGUGUGGGGGGUCGCAGCGGUACAGCCCUCCUGCGUCUCUGGCGUCAAUAGACACGAGGGCCCCUGGGCGCCACCCUUCAUGGCUCCAGAUGGUCUGUCCAUGGCCUCAUCCAUGUCCACAGCCCUGAAACAGUCUGCCUCCAUGUUUUUAUUUCUACAUAUCCAGAGUUUUGAGGGGAGGGGAGUUUUGGGGAUGCUUUUAGUACAGUUGGUAAAACUCGUGAAGACUGCCGCAGCUAAGUGGAUUAGAGUGGAAAUCUCUCCCUGCCAACUGUGACACGGCUACCUCCCGGAGAGCACCCAGAGAAAGGGAGAGAGGAUUGGAGGAGAUUGAGAGGACUCUGCACUGUUUCUGUCGCUACCCUCUGUUUACAAAUGUAAAUCAUUGGUGGAGAAGCACAUAAAUGAAACUUUCUAAACGUUAAUUAUUUUUCCCACACUCUUCCCUUUUCCUCUCUCUCAUUUCACUCAUCUUGCCUCUCUGUUUUUGAUGGUCCCUGUUUUUUCCUGUCUCCCCCUCUUCUCCUUCAUCUUCUGAUAUCCAUCAUCAAAGUGUGUAAUGAGACUGGUGUAAUCUAAUGUUCUGUCUCUCAGUCUCCAGACUCCAAUCCAGCUGAUCACAUUACUUGCCGUCCUCUUUCAGCCAUUUCAACUAAAGUUAAAAAGAAAACAAAAAACAUACUUGUCAAAGAUGUUCUAGCAGAGAAAAAAAAAAACUCUUCCUGUGUCUUAAACCAAGAUGGUCAACAUUACUAGCUGCUGACAGAUGUUCUAGUUCUAUAAGAUGCAAUGUUCAGGUGUAAUUUUCUUUUUUGUAUUAUCUUCUUUACUCCC